AUGGGCUCUCAUCUAAAAGUCCUUUUCCUGUUCCUUUGGUUGCUUCAGUGUGGAGGGGGAAAUGUUGACGUACAGCAGAAACCUCCAAUCCAAGUUGCACUGCUCAAGGAAGGAAUAUCCAUCCCCUGUAAAGUCAUCUUCCCUUACAUGCCGAAAUACACCAUAUUUUCAAUCUCUUAUUACUGGAUUAAUUCACUGGGACAGAAAACAUCCAUCUAUAGUACGUCAGAAAACAUAGCCAUCCCUUCUGGAAAAGAGAAUAAGACUGCUACCAUAUCUUACAACCACAGAAUCACGCCACUUGAAAACAGCUCUUCUACUGGCACAUACUACUGUGAGGUCAAAUGGAAUGACAUCCAGAAAAUGGGAAACGGAGUGUUUGUCCUUGCUAGAGAUACAGGGUACGCAGAGGCCUCUUACGGGUGGGAAAUCCUCAUUACUCUUACUGCUCUUCUUGCUACAUUGAGUAUCGCUGCAACAGCUCUGCUUCUGUGGAAAAGAAAGGUGUUGUGCCCUAGGAGGAACCAGCUAAAUAUCCCGAGACAGAGGGUGGAAACACAGCCUCCUUCAGCCAGCCCACCAACACCACCUCCUGUCUAUGAUUGCCUGGAUUUGCACCAAGUUGAUGUCUAUUCUAUCCUCGAGAACAACACAAAGAACACGUCACCUGGAAAGAGUCCUCCAGGGAAGACACCUAAGAAACAAGCAACUCUAGAAGAAUCCUCUGAUAUCUAUGAGAAUAUCUAA